CCAACUCCCACAAACAAACAGCGAACAAUGUCUUGGACGCUCUGCUGCGCUUCCGUAUGGAGGAUGACUUGUGACAAUUUGCACGUGAAGCACGACUUCCAUCCGACAAGUAGCAGCUCUGCGGGACUGGCGUCAGCCGUGCAGGCGGGCGUUCAUGGCGGCGACCCUGGCGUUGUGCUGGUCCAGGAAGAGGCGGCGCUGGUCGCGCAGCUGGUCCGACGGCAGCGGCGUCCUCCUUGGCUGGCGCCUGCUCUUCCUGGACGGCUUCUUGCGACUGCCACCGCCACGGCUGCCGCCCUUCCUCUUGCGCUUGGGCUUGCGUUUCUUCUUGCCGCCACCGCCGCCGCCGCCGCCGCCGCCGCUCUUGCGCUUGUUGGUGAUGGGGCUGGUGCUGUUGCCGCCGCUCCCUAGAGGCGCAUCGCUCGCCGGCUGCGAGAAGCCGGUCCCUGUGCCUGUCCCCGUACCUGUACCUGUUCCGGUACCCGUUCCAGUUCCUGCAAUUUACAUAACACAGCACAGUAGCAGCAUCUCACAGGGGAAACAUGCACAACAGAACUGCUACCUAUCACCAAGGAAAAGUGUCGUGACCUGCAAGAACUGAAGGUGUUCUGUGACGCAGGGGCCCAAGAGUACUAUACAAAUAUUCCUCUCUGGCAGCGAAUUUACAAGCACGUUUUGUGUUAUUUGUUUGUAAUAAGUAAAAGGUGAGAAAUGAAGACUGUGGGUUAUAAAAACUGUGAUUUAUGCUGAUAACUGAAAUUAUGUCCUAUUAACUAUAUUU